CCUUUGCUCAAGCAGCAGCAUUUUUUUUGUCAAAAGCUUCGCCAGUACUUUUUAAUUGUAUAUUGGUGUAUUUGUUCAUAUCAUACAGUUUUAGGCCGGGUGGAAAUUUCUAUUUUAAAAGAAAAUCCAAUGCCUCCAAGCUCGAAUAAACCAUUGCGCUAAAACCAUUUCAUCGUCACACUUCCGUUUAUUGUGAGAACAUUCCAAUACUAAACAACUUUAAAUAUUGUUGUUGGUAACACACAUCCCUCUCCGACACAAUGACAGAAAACAAUGCAUUUACCACAAAUAAUGAGAGGAGGAAACGAUCCUCAUCUCGCAGAUCUUCAACGAGUCGCAGUCAUCGCACACCAAGUCGCCGAAAAGGAGGUUCCUCAUUUCUUAGAAUAAUGGAAGAUGUAUUCUUUCGUUUGUAUACCAUGUUUGCCAGAUUCAUAUUUAAAUUAGUGUAUGGUGUAAAGGGUCAAUCGAUGCCCGCCAUUACAGAUCCGAUUCUAUUAGAAUCGGCUACAUCACUUGCCAAAAAGAUACGUAGACAAGAGCUGACUAGUGUUCAGGUGUUAGAGUCCUUCUUUAGACGAGCAAAAGAAGUAAACCCAUUAUUGAAUUGUAUGGUAGAUGAACGAUUUGACGAUGCCAUGAAGGAAGCCAAGGAGGCGGAUGAGUUAAUCAAAUCGGGCAAAUUCACUGAAGAAGAAUUAGCAGAAAAAUUACCCUUUUUAGGCGUUCCUAUUUCAACUAAAGAUUGUAUAGCAGUUAAGGGUAUGCUUCACACAUCUGGUCUUUAUGAGCGCCGUAAUCAUAGAGCUUCCGAAGAUGCCGACACCAUUGCUUUGAUGCGUAAAGCUGGCGCCAUUCCAUUUGCUUUAACCAAUGUCUCCGAAGUUUGCAUGUGGUGGGAGAGCAAUAACACUGUACAUGGUCGCACACGCAAUCCCUACGAUACCAAUCGUAUUGUGGGUGGUUCCAGUGGUGGUGAGGGUUGUAUACAAGGCGCAGCGGCAUCACCAUUUGGCUUGGGUUCCGACAUUGGUGGUUCCAUACGUAUGCCUGCCUAUUUCAAUGGCAUCUUUGGUCAUAAACCUUCAAAAUUUGUGGUCUCCAAUAUGGGUCAAUUUCCAUUGCCGGUUAGCGAAGAGCAAAACUCAUUUUUGGGAGUUGGCCCAAUGGUGCGUCAUGCCGAAGAUUUGAAGCCUGUAUUGAAAAUAAUUGCCGGCGAAAAAGCACCCCUUUUGAAAUUGGACGAAACCGUAGAUGUGCAAAAGCUAAAAUUCUUUUAUCAAGAAACCGAUGGUGGUAGCCGUUUAGUAUCGCCGGUCGAUGAAGAUAUUAUUGAUGGCAUACAUCGCAUAGUUGAUCAUUUGCAAAUGAAGUUGAAGGUGCCAGUGGAGCAGGUUCAGCUACCAUUGUUCAAACAAUCUGCUACCAUAUGGUUUGCCAAUAUGAAAGAUGAUUCUGGCCAUGGCUUUGACUAUCAACUGGGAAAUUGUAAACGCACCAUUAACACCAAACUUGAGUUGGUCAAAUGGCUAUUCAGAUCAUCGAAACAUACAUUGAUUGGUCUAUUUACUGCUUUGCUGGAUAAAUCACAACCUCAACAUGGUUCCUCAAAAUAUUAUCACUUGGUUAAGAAACGUGAUGCCUUACGCGAAGAACUACAGCAAUUGCUGGGCGAGAAUGGUGUGCUCAUUUAUCCCACACAUCCCACCGUAGCCCCUUAUCACAAUGAGCCCAUAGUGAGACCGCUAAACUUCUCAUAUACCGCCAUCAUUAAUGUGCUGGGAUUUCCGGCAACCACAAUACCCUUGGGAAAACUGGGCUCUGAGGGUUUGCCUCUUGGCGUUCAAGUUAUUGCCAAUUUCAAUCAAGAUCGUUUGUGUUUAGCUGUUGCCGAGGAGCUAGAGAAGGCAUUUGGUGGUUGGGCAAGACCAGAAAUACGUAUUUAGUUUAGAAUUUUAGUUUCCAUCAAAGCAUAUAUGAUGUUUUUUAACGUGAAUGAAUUGAAAUGAACGUAUAACCCUCAUUUGAUUGAUUUAUGAUGGCACUAUGCAUACUAACCAUUUAUUUCCAUAUACCAGCACAGUAAUUGAAUUGAUGUGUAUUAAAUACUACCUAAAAAUAUAUUCUGAGUUGUGGGCUGUAGUUGUAA